AUGACUACCAAGACCAAUUGGCUUGGUGAUGCAGGGCGGAUAUGGAUGAAAUUGUGGGAUUUGCUUUUGGAAAGUGGUUAUAAGUUCCACCAUUAUUAUUCUCAGUAUAUGGGGUCGAGGAAAGUUAGGAAAAACUGGUGGAGGAAGCUUUUAGUGGCAUGGAUUGGGUUCUGGAUCGUAGCAUCGGUUUGGGUGUUCUGGUACAUGAAUUCACAAGCUUAUGAGAAGAGGAAAGAGGCACUUGCGAGUAUGUGCGAUGAGAGGGCUAGGAUGUUGCAAGAUCAAUUUAAUGUUAGUAUGAAUCAUAUACAGGCCAUGUCUGUUUUGAUUUCAACCUUCCAUCAUGGCAAGAACCCUUCUGCCAUUGAUCAGAAUACUUUUGCGAGAGAGCAAUUUGAAGCUGAACAAGGCUGGUCCAUAAAGCAAAUGGACGAUGUUGAACAAACCCCAGUUCAUGAAGACGAGUAUGAUCCAGCGGACCUUGAGCCAUCACCGGUUCAGGAGGAAUAUGCCCCCGUCAUUUUUGCCCAAGAUACUAUUUCACAUGUAAUUUCUGUUGAUAUGCUCUCGGGAAAGGAAGAUCGUGAGAAUGUAUUACGUGCAAGAGAAUUAGGAAAAGGCGUCCUUACUGCUCCUUUCCCGUUGCUCAAAACAAACUGCCUUGGAGUAAUAUUGACUUUUGCUGUCUACAAAAGAGAUCUUCCCCCUAAUGUACCUUGGUGGAGUCUUCGACAUUGA